UGUUGGGUGGGCAGGACAGCAAAGCUAUUGGAGAGAAAAGAAGCAAAUAGUUGAGAAGAGGCAUGGGGAGAUAGAGAAUCAUACUUCUGUUCAAAAAUAUUUCAGUGCAGCUCCAAGAGACAGAAAGACACAUUAGUCUCAGGAAGUGUCAGAAGGGAACAAAAAAUGCAAGUUUUAUGAGCAGUAAAGGUGUUAGGAAGAGAAGCAAACAGCCAAGCUGGGAAGAAGAGAUUGUCUCUGAACUUAGGAGGGAGGCUUGGCACAGCAGACUGAUAGUAAACAAGUAAACAGAGCUGACAACUCUGGUAACCACAGGAGCAAAGCCUGCUCAGUGACAAGGAUGACAACUCUUCCAGAGGAAUUGUACAUAGUAUAUUAGGACAGAUGAUUACACAGAAUCAAAGAAUCAGAGAAUCACCAAGGCUGGAAGAGACCUCUGAGACCAUCAAGUCCAGCCUAUGGCCAACACCACCACAUCUCCAGACCACGACACUAAGUGCCACAUCCAGCCUGUCCUUGAACACAUCCAGGGAUGGUGCCUCCACCACUGCCCUGGGAAGUCCAUUCCAAUGUCUAAUCACCCCACCUGUGAGGAAGUGCUUCCUAACAUCCAACCUAAACCUCCCCUGGAGCAGCUUCACCCUCUCACCCUGCCACUAGUUGCCUGGGAGAAGAGCCCAGCCCCACCUGACUGCAACCUCCCUUCAGACCUGUGACCAGGAGCUGAGAACAGGUGCAAAGAAAAAACGAUGUCUUCAGGGGAAAAGCCUACUUCUGUGUAUACUGCUUCUCAGUACUCUCCUUGGAUUUACACUACUUAUCACCUACAUCAUGAUGACUUGUAGUCUAGGAUCCUGUGAUGUUGAGCCGAGUCUUACACUGUUGGCCAGACUCCUGAAUUCUAGGAAUGACACUGUAGACCCCUGUGUGGAUUUCUACAAGUAUGCCUGUGGCAGCUGGAAAGGCAAACAGUCAAGCAGAACCACAGAAGAAUCACUGAAUGUAUUUGAUGUGCUGUUGGAAGAAAACCAGCUGAUCCUGAAAAGGCUUUUAGAGAGCCCCCAGUUUGGGUUAAGAGGCUCAGCUAAAGAGAAAGCAAUCCGGUUCUAUCGCUCCUGCAUGGAUACCCAACAGAUAGAAUCCCAAGGAACUCAACCAUUGAAGGAUCUCCUAAAUCAGGUUGGUGGAUGGAAUAUCACAGGUGAGGGGAAAGCAAAAAAUUUUAAUGAAACUCUUCAGACUCUCAUGGGCAGAUACAGCACCUUUCCCUUUUUCAGAGUUCAGGUGGGACCUGGUCCUUUUGACCAUGAGACCAACAUUAUUCAGAUUGACCAUCCUGAGUUUGAGAUGCCACCUGAGAGUAAAUUCAAAGAGAAAAAUUAUCUUGAGGUUCUCCGUGUGUAUCUCUCAUAUUUGAAGAAACUGGAGGGCCUACUUGGAGGCCCACAGGAUGGUUCCCCUGACUCUUUUUCCCUUACUUUGUCCUUCAUCUCUAACCUCCAGCGAGUUGUCACCCCACUGCAGGAAAGACAGCAGAGGGGGUUGCUGUUCUUUCGUACUACCAUUAGGGAGCUACAGGAAAAGGCACCUGCUAUUGACUGGCUGUCGUGUCUCCAGGCUGUCUUCCAUCCUAUGCCAAUGAACCUCUCUCAGCCAAUUGCAGUGCAUGACAUGGAUUACUUAAGAGGCAUGUCACAGCUUAUCCAGCAAUGGCAAAAGGGAAGGGUUCUUCACAUUUAUAUGAUUGUUUGUCUGAUUGGGAAUCUCUCCCCAGCCCUUGACAGUCGAUUCCAAGAUGCACGCCAGGAGCUAUCUAGGAUUCUUCAUGGAAAAAUGGGAUCUAGAAUGUUCCCACCUGAGCGCUGGAAGAAGUGCUUGACUGAUACUAGCUCUUUCUUUGAACCAGUUCUAGGGCAGAUGUUUGUGCAAGAAUUUUUCCCUCGGCAGACCAAAAAACGUGCUGAUCAGAUGUUCUCUGAGAUCCGAGAUGCCCUUUAUGGCCAACUGAAUCAGUUGGAGUGGAUGGAUGAACAGACCCGCCAAGGGGCUAAAGUCUUGGUUUCCAAAUUACAAGUGGAGAUCGGCUAUCCAGUUCAUAUACUCCAGACUGCCAAAGUGAAUCUGGAAUACCAGAAUUUGGAGAUAAAUGAAGACACUUUUUUCCUCAAUGUGGUGGCUUGCUUGAAUGUACUGAGGGAAAAUUCCUACUUGAAACUCCUUCAGCAUCGCACACAGGAUAACUGGCAUGUCUCCCCCUGGACUGUGCAUUCAUACUACUCAAUAAGGCAUCACGUGGUGGUCUUUCCAGCUGGAAUGUUUCGCAGCCCUUUUUUCCAUAUGAAUUUUCCCAGUGCUGUGAACUUUGGAGCUAUUGGGGUCUUCAUGGCACAUGAACUUCUUCAUAUGUUCUAUGGCUAUGUGCUGCCUGGGGGCUGUCCGACAUGUAACAGGAGUGCACUACAGAAAUCUGUAGACUGCUUGGUUGAACAGUAUGAAAGCUAUGGCUUCAAUGUCAAUGGCACUUUUACACUGUUGGAGAAUACGGCUGACACUGGAGGGCUCACCAUUGCUUACCAGGCCUAUAAGAAUUGGAUGAAAAAACACAAAGAAGAGGAUUUACCUGAGAUUGGACUUUCACAUGACCAGCUUUUCUACCUCAGUUUUGCUCAUGCAAUGUGUGGAUACCAGGAUCCUGAGAGACUACAGUCUUCCCUGAACAGAGAUCCACACAGUCCCUUGCCACUUCGUGUCUGUGGGCCUGUCAGCAAUAGUCAGGACUUUGCCAAGCACUUCCACUGUUCCAGUGGAUCCCCAAUGAACCCAGACAAAAAGUGCCACAUCUGGUAAUCUACAUUGAGAGAUAUGACCCCAGGGAGUGGAAAGUCUGACCUAUGAAAGUAUGACCACCUUCUGAGGGCCCCCAGGGUGCUCUUAUUCACUCCUCUGCCAUCCUUUUCUUGUUAUCCUUUCCUCAGCAGUUGAUGGUAGCAAAGUUCUUAAACUGAGCUCAUAAGGGUCUUCUUCUACUGUUUUACUGUUUUCAGCAGUCUGUCCCAGAUGUGACAACUCUGGAGUUUAGCAUGUCCCAAGGUAGUAAGUCUCUAUUAGGCAACAACUUCUGAGGAGCUGUCAACAGGACUGCUACAUUAGAAGUCCUUCUGUUCAGUGGAUUUCCCUGUCUACUCCAACAGACUUGCAGUCAUGUUGAAGGGUCAGGGCAAUAAGGUGGAGCUCUAAUACUUGUUCAUAUAAUAUUGGCUCUUAGGCAAAUCCUAUAGGUUACUACUUGUAAAUUACCACAUGUAAUUUACAAGAGCAAAGACUCCUCUUCUUCUGCCAAGAAAUGGAAAGAUGUAGUAGGAAAGACUCAGUGGCUCCAGCUUCUAGGCUGAAAGAUAAAUCACUUAAUAGUAGAGGUUACUGAAGGCCUUCCCUGUUCUGUUUUUGUUUAAUCGGCAAAACUCCUAAAAGGCAAAAGAGGAAAGAGAGAAGCAUCCCCAUUGCUGGGAGAGAGAUUAGGAGCUGAGAACAGAUUAUCUUUCUUCUUCCUUUCUUUUCCAACAAGAUUAUAUUUUUUUUAGUCUCUAUUUAGAGUUGAGGAUAUGGUUGAGGGUGGAGUAUGAGACUGUCACAAGGGUUUCUAGAAGUUUCUGAAGACUCAGCAAUUAGAAUUCCAAGAACUUCUCUGGAUCCUGAACCUGGUUCACUCAAUCCUAAAAAGUUUGUGAAUAUUUACCAUCCAAAUAGAGUAGUAAAGCUCCUGUAGGAUUUUACUUUCUACUUGAAAUUGAAAUUUAUGUAUUAAUUUACGUUAGAGGUAAAAGAGAGUAAGAAGUAAUAUAUUUUAGGGUAGGAGUACAAGGGUUUAAUACACAUUCUCAAGAACAACUUAAUUACAUCAAUUUCAGGUUCUGAUAAUUAGAAAAUGUAUACAAUUUUUCUAAAAUUUACUAAAUAUAAUAAGUAUACAAAAUACUCCUACAUUUUGCAUAUUCUUCAAACUGUUCUUAAUGAUGGGAGUGUUUUUAUUUUACUUAUUAUAUUGGCUGCCUAGGGAUUGUCUGCAGAAUAGAUAAUAGCAAGAGGAAAAAUCCCUCAUCAGUACAAGGAUUCUAAAAAUUGCAAAAAUCCUAAUAACUGUUAAUCCUUUCCAAAUACUGACCAAUGCAGCAAAAUAUUUUCCAAGAACAGGCUGUUCAGAUAUUUGGUUUUCAUUAAUUAACUACAAUAUUAAUAAAGUGUUUGCUUCAGAGAAAAAACCGUGGUAUUCCUCCGCUUGUUUAAUCAAUUUUGUCCUAGCAACAUGUCCAGAAUUUCUUUUAGUAUCUAAUAGCAAUUAACACUGUACCAGACCUUGUGUGUAAUAUAAAAGUUAUUUUAGUGUA